AUGUCCUUGACCGACUCUACACCAUCUUCCGACAUUGUGUUCACGACUGACAAUCCACCAUUCGAUUGGUUGACGGUCUCUCCAGCUGAAGCCAAGUUUUUCUCAAAUGAUCGGAGGACACAACUGCGAUUUUAUACAGCUCCAUCAGGCAACCACGUGAGCACACGCGUUGGGUCAGCCUAUAUCUAUCGUGGUCGAACACAAGGCAUCGCCAGCCAAGGCUCUAUCACGGAUGGAAACGAAUUAGUACCGACCCAUUCAAAUAUUCAGAGUUUGGAGACUAGAGGCGGUAUGGGGCUCAAGCAACACUCCAUCGUCGAUGAGUCUUUCGUGAAGGUGCAGAGUGCAGGAGUUCACAGGAUUAGUGAAUUUGUCGUCAAACCUAAUGAAGGAUGGAAGGUAUCUGUCUCGAACACCGGAGAUUCUAUGACUUUUACCCCUUCAUCAGACAACGGGACAUUCCAAUUGAUCGAAUCUGCUUGCGAGACUCAUCCCAAUCGGGCACUCGUACAGUUAGUAUUUGAAAGGUCCGGUUGGCCCGGCUAUGGAUCCAAUCUUGAACCGCAAAGUCAUCCUACGAUGGACAACUUUGAUGCUGUAGAAUCAGGUUGUCUAUACUAUAUCUGGAGGGAUCUGGGUAAUGAUGAUACCAGAACAGGAACUUUUAGUCCUGAUCGUUAUUACGCUCAGGGCGCUCUGGGAAGAUAG